AAAAGGAAGCGUUGUGUCUUAAGCAAAAAGAUAUGCAGGUACGGCAGGAAGACGGUUUACAGAAACGAUCGCCGGGGAUGUCGACAGUGUUACCGAGUGUGCAAAAGCAAACCUGUUUGCAGAAGGAAGCGUUGUAGAUCGACUAGACAGAUAUGCAGGUAUGGCAGGAAGAAGGUUUACAGAAACGAUCGCCGGGGAUGUCGACAGUGUUACCGAGUAUGCAAAAGCAAACCUGCAUGUGGUGUGGGCUACAAAUGGAAGAAUAGAAAAUGCCGCUUCUACAAAUGCCCAUCUGGUUAUAAAAAAGUUCGGACUGGCAUAUGGAGACGGAGGACAAUCUGCAGGAAAAAAGCAUGUGGUGUGGGCUACAGACGAAAGAAAGGAAAAUGCCGCUUCUACAAAUGCCCAUCUGGUUAUAAAAAAGUUCGGACUGGCAUAUGGAGACGGAGGACAAUCUGCAGGAAAAAAGCAUGUGGUGUGGGCUACAGAUGGAAAAAAGGAAAAUGCCGCUGUAAGUUGUGUACUAACCAAGAAAUAAAGCACUUC